AUGCCGCAAUUACCUACCAACCCUACUCCAGACAAUGCCGAGAGGCACAAAUACCUAGUUGCAGCCAUCAGAUGGUCGUCCAAGGGCAGUUCUCAGGGACAAUUGGGGCAUCCGCUACUUCACCAGGCCUUUGCCAAUAAUUUGUGGAGAGAAAAGAACUAUGCUGGUUCGCGGUAUCAUUUUCUGCAUUCUGGAGAUGGAGAGGGGUGUGCAUCCAUGCUGAUUGAAUAUCACAUGAGAGAAGGAUAUCCUAGUGAAGUGGAUCUUUUCAUUGCACAAACCGUUUUCCAGUACCUCUGCCUUCGUAAUAAAUGUGUUGCCCAUUCUGUGUUUUUUUGCUAUACUUUGAAGCACCCAGAUAUAAAGAGCAAACCCCCAUUCAUAUUCCCUCUCCUCAACUUCCUCUGGCUCCUGCUCAUGGCGAUAGAGGGAGGAAGAUUGACGGUUUUCAGCAUCCUGUGCGACAAGUAUAAGCCGAGCCUCUGUCGAGAACCUCUGUACUUGGAGUAUCUAGAUAGGAUAGGACAGAUUUUCUUUGGACUCCCUCCUCCGCGGACACGGCCGACUUCCAUCCUAGGUGAGGCGUUGUUUCUGCUCGGUCCGAAGGGGCCGGCCGUCAUGGCCCGUGCGAGGAGCCGUUUAUCUAUUUUGAACUGUGAUGUGAAG